CUUCCUAUUUGGAAGACUUGGAGUUGGCGCCGGCAAUGUCGAAGUCGUUCAGAAGUAGGCGGGGUGGUGCUUACUCAUCAAAGCUUUACUCUGCUCGUGGUAGGAAGGGUGGAGGACAUGAAAUUCAGGCACCUGAUUCGAAUGACAUCGAAAUUGGGGACGAAGAAUCUAACGAUAAACCGUUAGAUGCUGAGAAUGCUGCGUCUGCAUCCAAUGAGGCCAGAUUUCUACGGGCCAAAGUAAACGAAAUCAGUGAUCGGCGUUACGGGUUUGAACAGUUUUUGGGUCCUGGUGACCGAGUUGGCUGGUUGGUGAACAUGCAUCCAACAGAUAUGCUAGAUGAUGCCAAACGACUAGUGAGUGCCGUUGACUUUUACUUCAUCCAGGAAGAUGGCUCCCGUUUCAAAGUUACCAGACCCUACGCACCUUACUUUUUUGUCUUCGUCCGUGGUGGUCCCGCCGCUGAACGGGAUGCUACAACGUAUUUGCUGCGACGUUAUUCGGGGAGGAUCGCUGGAGUGGAGGUUGUCCAGAAGGAGGACCUUGACCUUCCCAAUCAUCUGGUUGGGAUUAAGGCUACCUAUCUGAAACUGCUGUUCUAUAGUGUAGAUGAACUCGUGAGGGUCCGACGGGAACUCGCUUUACGUGUGCGAGCCAACCAGGAGCUCGCAAGCUCAGAAUCUACUUAUACAGAAAUGUUGGCUGAGCACUUUGCAGGCAAUGCUGAUCCACAGACAUCCAACUCAACAGUUUCUACAAAAGACACUCGGACGCGUGGCGAUCCACUGGAUACUAUCAUGGAUAUAAGGGAAUCCGAUGUUCCUUAUCUUAUGCGUGUGUGUAUCGAUUUGAGUGUUUUUGCCGGUUGUUGGUAUGUUACCCGUUGCCGCCCCGGUUUACCAGUAGAAUUAUUGAAACACGAAGACACGGUCGCCUGGCCAGAGCCAGUGGUUUUAGCUUUUGACAUCGAGACUACGAAACUUCCCUUGAAGUUCCCCGAUGCAGAUAUUGAUCAGAUCAUGAUGAUAUCCUACAUGCUCGAUGGCGCCGGAUUUCUCUUGUGUAAUCGUGAGAUCUUGUCCGAAGAUGUGGAGAAUUUUGAAUUUACUCCAAGGCCCGAGUUCCCCGGCCACUUUACUGUUCACAAUUUGGCAAGUGAAUUGGAUUGCAUUCGCUUCUUCUUCGAACAUAUACAGCGGGUGCGGCCAAAUGUGUUUGUCACCUAUAAUGGUGAUAUGUUCGAUUGGCCAUUCAUCGAAUCUCGAGCUGCACACUACGGACUGUCCAUGUCCGAGGAGAUUGCUUUCAGUCGACAUAAGUCAACAGCUGGACCUGGGAGGAGUGGUUCCACCGGGGAGUACCUUUCGCGACCAGCCGUUCACAUUGACUGCUUGUGUUGGGUUAAACGCGAUAGUUAUUUGCCUGUUGGCGCUCGUGGGUUGAAAGCAGUUGCUAAAGCUAAGUUACAUUAUGACCCCGUCGAAGUUGAUCCUGAAGUCAUGUGCCAAAUGGCCCGAGAGGCUCCUCGAGAACUGGCCAACUAUUCUGUGUCUGAUGCUGUGGCUACUUAUUACCUCUAUAUGAAAUACGUUCACCCGUUUGUGUUCGCCCUAUGUACCAUACUUCCACUUAAUCCGGACGAUGUGUUGCGCAAAGGAUCGGGCACGUUGUGUGAAGCAUUGUUAAUGGUUCAGGCCUACGCGGCCAAUGUGGUGUUUCCUCAUAAACAAACGGUUAACACAGACUCCGGUCCAGGGAGUCUCCUUCCGGUCGGAUCUGAAGGUCUAGGUCGCUUCACUGAGGACGGUCGUCUCAUCGACUCAGAGACUUAUGUGGGGGGCCAUGUGGAAGCACUGGAAGCUGGUGUUUUCCGUGCAGACAUCCCCGUAAGAUUCCGUCUCGUUCCCGCCGCAUUGGAAAUGCUACGGAGUGAUGUCACACGCUGUCUCAAACGAGCUCUUCAAACAGAGGUUGGCGCCGAAGAUGAUGACACGCUGCACAGUUUAGUCCCGAAAGAAGUCUUCAAUAAAGUAUGUCGGCGGGUUGAAGAAUCCUUAUCGCAACUGGCCGCCACCCCUAAUCGCAUUGAAUGUCCGGUCAUUUAUCAUCUCGAUGUGGGAGCUAUGUACCCCAAUAUCAUUCUUACAAACCGACUUCAACCGUCUGCCGUUGACUCAAAUUCCACAGCUCGCUGUUCAAACUGUCAGUUUUACAAGCCGGGGGUUUCUUGUCAACGUUUCAUGCCAUGGACCUGGCGCGCCGAGUUAUGGACGGCUUCUCGACCGGAGGUCUAUCGGGUUCAAGCUCAGCUGUCGCAAGAACGUUUUCCUGUCAAGGUGACCGAUGCGGUGACCGGUCAGCCACGUACGGUGUUGAAAGCCUUCUAUGAAUUAUCCAAGGAGGAACAGGUAGUGGUGGAAAAGAAACGCCUGACUGAUUUCUGCCGACGUGCAUACAAACGUAUUCACACGACACGUACGGAGGAACGUGUGGCGAUGAUUUGUCAGCGGGAGAAUUCAUUUUAUGUGGAUACUGUGCGGGCUUUCCGCGAUCGCCGGUACAAAUUCAAAGGCCUCACCAAGGUUUGGAAGCGGCGUUCCGACGAAGCGGCUGCUGCGCUGGCCGCUGGAACGGGUGAUUCGAGUUCCCUGAAGGAGGCGAAUGCUAUGUUGGUUUUAUAUGAUAGUCUACAACUGGCGCAUAAGUGUAUCUUGAAUUCCUUUUACGGGUACGUAAUGCGUCGUGGCGCUCGUUGGUAUUCGAUGGAGAUGGCUGGGAUUGUAUGUCACACGGGGGCACAAAUAAUCACGAAAUCAAGAGAGUUGAUUGAACAGGUCGGACGGGGUUUGGAGUUGGACACUGACGGAAUCUGGUGCAUUCUACCUGCCAGCUUCCCGCAGAACCUGGAAUUCCAGACCACUGGCACGAAGCCAUCUCGAAUUUCCAUCUCCUAUCCUGGUGCGGUCCUAAACAUUAUGGUGCAAGAUUUAUUCACCAACGAUCAAUAUCACGAACUGAUCGAUCCAAACACAAUGACCUACAAAGUUCGGUCAGAAAACUCCAUAUUUUUCGAGGUGGACGGACCGUAUAAGGCCAUGGUCUUACCGGCUGCAAAAGAAGAGGGAAAGCGGUUGAAAAAACGUUACGCCGUGUUUAACUUUGAUGGAAGUUUGGCCGAACUGAAGGGAUUUGAAAUUAAACGAAACGGAGAGCUCCAGCUAAUCAAAAUCUUCCAGUCUUCCGUAUUUGAGGCGUUUCUCCAUGGAACGACGCUUACCGAAGUAUACGCUUCUGUUGCCCGGGUCGCAGAUCAUUGGUUGGAUGUCCUCUACUCCAAGGGUUCAGAUAUGCCAGAUUCAGAAUUAUUUGAUCUGAUUUCCGAAAAUCGUAGCAUGUCCCGACGCCUAGAAGAUUAUGGCAGUCAAAAGUCCACAUCUUUGAGUACGGCUCGCCGGAUGGCGGAAUUUCUGGGUGAUCAGAUUGUUAAAGAUGCAGGUCUCUCCUGUCGGUUUGUCAUUUCAAGACAACCAGAAGGUGCUCCAGUUACGGAACGUGCCAUACCAUUGGCAAUAUUCCAGGCUGAGCCUUCCGUCAAGCGAUAUUAUCUGCGCAAGUGGCUCAAGGAUAGCAGCCUGGAUGAGGAUACAGAUUUGCGAGACAUCUUGGAUUGGUCUUACUAUCUGGAACGAUUGGGAAGUUGCAUUCAAAAGAUUAUCACAAUCCCCGCUGCUUUACAACAAAUCCCCAACCCCGUUCCACGCGUAAGUCAUCCUGAUUGGUUGCUUCGUCGUCUGUCCGAGAAAACAGACACUUGCAAACAACGAAAGUUGACCGAGAUGAUGUUCCCAGCGACCGCUAAAAAAGCAGAACAGCAGCUAUUAAACUUUGGCGACAAAGAUGCUGGUGAUAUAGAGGAACUUAGUUUGGAUUCGGGUGUCUGCAGAACGGAAGCUGUUCAUCCUGUCAUUGUCCGACAUCGACCCUCUGGUCGACUGGGCACGUCGGUCAAGAGAGGUCGUUCACCCUCGAGCGGGCCACCCAAACCAUGGCGGGAGCAACUUGGAGAUCCACCGCUGCUUAAGGAGGCGAGCACUCCGGCUAAACUGGCCACGUGGUUAGCGUUUCAUCAGGAAAAGUGGAGGAUCCAGGCUGAACGAAGACAGUAUGCAAGAAAACAUCAAGCCCAGGUGAUGGAUAAUUCGGCACUCGAAGGUGAACAAGCUGCACUUUUUCUGGGUGCUGCCAAGCGCCAACGUGGAAUGGAGCGGUACCUAACUCAGACUCGCCUAGCACUGUAUACAUCAAUUUGGCAGAUUAUUGAAAUAACUCCUGACCCCGGGCAAUUGGGCCGCUAUACGGCGUGGAUUUCUGUGGAUUCUGCAGAUCAGUCAGCUCCCCCUGCGUUGCACAAUGUGAGCGUCCUAGUUCCACGGCGUUUUUAUGUCAACUUGCGAACACCAAAACUACAAGAUUCCGGUCCACUUUAUCGAAAAGUUGCCGGUCUCUCGACUUCUCAAAAUGGAGGCCCAGCUGCCAGUGGAUGUGGUAGCGUCAGCGGUCGUCUGUUGCCGCGAAGUCACUCAGUGUAUCAUCUUUAUGAGUAUAAUGUCCCUGAGGAUGUCUACGCGAUCCACGCAUCAGAGAUAGCAGCGGAUCUGGCUCGACCGGAUAUUGAGGGCGUAUACGAGUUGAACAUACCCCCGUUGUUCCGUGCCCUCAUGCGUCUUGGCUGCUUGUGUAGUGUGGACAAGGAGGCUUUGAAACACAAUAACUUCCCAGGUACUUCGAUUGAGGAGGCUGUGUUUCACUUGGAUCAGCUUCGUUUCAUCUCUCUGGCGCAAUAUCCUUACCUAUCCAAUCGAUCAUUUCGACAUGUUUUCUUAUUCCACCACCAACAACCCUCUCCAGUGGCCACCAUCGGUCGACGGAACCCUACUCGUCAAUUGUAUCUACUGGUUGUGCCAUGGACAGCUUCUGGCUUCGUUUGUCUAAUAGACAACGCACGUGUUAACCAACUACCAGAUUUGAACAAGCUGUACCAGAGACAGCGGCGAAAGCUGGUGGCUGAAGCGUCGGAUGGGGAUUUCCCCCCGUCUUCCUUAACGUUUGAAACCCAUGUUGAUUCCGAUGCAGCUAGUGCCCGACGGGUCAUCCAGCGGUGGCUGAACAAUGUCCGGCAAGUUAAACGCACACACACUACAGGAUCAGUUGGGGUCUCGUCCACAGGUGCCACUGGCGCACCAAUCCUAGUGCUCCUGCACGCAACUUCGCAACGUCAGGAUCAACGAACGGCAAGCGAUACGAAUGAAAUCGGUUGGUCGCUUGGUGAGGUUAUAACCAAUCGUCGUCGCACUCCUCAGCUGCCCGCACUAGCCGGGUUUCCGGUGAUUCCACUAGGCGGUACCUUAGACGAGAUGGAUGUCCAAGGUGGGGAUGAAGCGAAUAAUGGUUCGGAUGCCUACAGCUUACUUAAUUGGCAGCAGACUGCAAUCAAGCGUGGGAUCCGAUACUUUAUUCAGUCUGAAGCUCGACUUGAACGUCAACUAGAAUUGGCUCGGUACCUCCAUGUCCCUGUGGGUAACCUACCUACUUCCGAUGCACCAGCUCCGAUCGAACUUCAGACAGAUCCUGAAACCGCACUGUCCCAGCUCCCUUCUAGCUCCGUGUCAGCUAUUGAACUUGGUUGUGAUCUGUUUUAUGCGAGACAUUUGGCCAAACAAAACCACAUACUUUGGUGCUCACCAACCGGCUGUCCUGACCUUGGUGGAAAGGAAAGUGAUGAUCAGCGUCUGUUAUUGGAAAUGGAGGAAGCUGGUGUGAUUGAAAUAUCUCGUCCGGGGAGUUAUCCUCAUGUGACCGUUGAAUUAGAGUUGUCCAACUUGGCAGUGAACACGCUGCUUGUAGCCAGUCGUAUCCCUGAACUUGAAGGCGCAACGCUACUCUCGUUUGAUCGCCUUGAUGCGACUGACCGACCGUUGGAAGAACAAAUCAACCAAGGUGUCAAUUUGGGGGCGAACAUCACAAGUUACGACGAGACUGCGGCAUGUAGCGCAGCGUUUCGUGUAUUGCGUACGAUGGUGACCGGCUGGGUAAGAGAUGUCACUCAGUAUCAAAAUCCCCUGGCUGAUGAACAAAUUAUCUACUUUUACCAAUGGUUGCGUUCGCCUCGUUCACUCCUGUACGACCCGGCUCUACGUCGCGCUGUUCAACGCUUGAUGAAAAAAGUAUUUCUUAAGCUGGUGGAUGAGUUGAACCAUCUGAAUGUGGAUGUCGUGUACGCUAACUUUAGCCGGUUGAUUGUUGCCACACGUCGAAUGGAAUUACCUGAGGCUCUGGCUCGUGUGAAUCACUUUACGGAAUUGUUGCGCACUCGUCCGGCUACCUUGUUUGCCCAUCUGGACAUGCAGUAUGUGCGCAGCUGGCGUCAACUUCUGUGGAUGGACGCUGCAAACUUUGCUGGAGUCAAGGCCAAUGUUGAAAGCCUUGUUGAUGGCAAAGACAAUGAAUGGGGGGAAUACGACGUAUCUGGGGACAUGCACGAGUCACAGACAACCACUAAGCUGCCUGAACCGGAACUAGAUAUGCACUGGCAUAUUGCUCGAUACCUUCCGGAAACCCGUGGCUUACGAGCCAAGUUUCAAACGUUAUUGGCGGGCUACCUGUUGUCAGUUUACACAGCUGUACGUACUGAACAUCGCCGACUGCGAAGUUUACACAGCUCACAGAUGAACACUACACUGGCCGGCGUUCGACAGUUUGGAACGGAGCUUCCACAAAACAAUGAGGAACAGGGCAUCAACAUUAGUGAUGCAGAUCGAACUUCUUUCACAGUGGCCCUACAAUCGGAUGCUUCGAUUUCACCGGGUGUGCUUGAAUCCACGGAACAACUCAUUCGAGAACAACUUGCUCCAGAGCUUUAUACCCUUGUACAGCGGUUACACCGUAAGGCGGCGUGGAUAGAUUCGACAUUAACCCGAAAAGACUCGAUAACAGGGAAUUUAGGUGUGGUAUUGAAACGUCGUGCCCAAGUAGUUGCAGCCUACUUGGCUGAGAAAACGAUUCCAAACGUACAACAUUUCGAUACAACCGAUUUAGAUCAGGAUGCUGCCACCGCUGAUGUUAUUCUUCCACUCCUUCCACCACAUCCUGGCAUAUAUACAUUGAACUUUACUCCUCUCUUGGAUUUCAUCAAGGCGAUUUGCGAGAUUCUCAGCCUGGAACCCUCGAUCGGGCGACAUGUCGCUGGGAUCAGGCGUGAUCUGCUCCGGCUAGUUGGUGUUGGCGAAUUUUCUCCAGAAGCCGUUUGGGUCCCACCUCAUUUGAAUCAGGAAACUCCUGUACUCGGAGAUCACCACACAACGGUUGGAUCCUCGGGUGUGCUGCGUUCCCUGCUGGUCUAUCUACCCGAAGUGGCCUGCCCUACUUGCAAUUUCACUCGUGAUAUCGACGUAUGUCGUGACACUCAUCUGGUUCAACUGUCAGAUGGCGCAAACCUGGCUGGUGAACCAACAGUGCAUUGGACUUGGAUUUGUCCACACUGUCGUACGGUAUAUCCAAGAGGUCGUAUGGAGGAGGCCUUGGUUCAACAGCUCGAACAGAUAGCACUUCAACAUUGUCUGCAGGAUCUACAGUGUCCGAAGUGCCUUACGGGGGGUGGAAUUCAGGAGACUAUUUUAGCUCAAGGUGGUUCCGUUUCUCAUUGCGCCGAAUGCUCGAGUCGUCUCAUUCUCACGGUACCCACCGGAACAACUCUUCAGAAGAAAUUUCUUGUCUACCGUGAAAUAGACAACAGUCUCGUGAUUCCGAUUGGCGGUGCAAUCGCACGGGAAUCACGACGCACCAAGUCAGUUCUGGCUCAGCAAACGGGACACGAACGCGCUUGGACUCUGUUUGGUACCGGACUUACUUGGUUGGUUACUGCUAUUGGAGCAUCACUCUGUGCCUUACACACGAAAAAUUCAAAGGGAGACACUCACCACCUCCUCCUAGAUGGAAGUCUCGGAUUUUCGGCCGGAGUUAUGCUUGCUGCUUCCUUCUGGUCUCUCUUGGAUCCCGCUCUUUCAAUGGCAAAAGACGACUUAGACUGGGGAGCAGUCGCGGUGUUUCCAGUCACGGUUGGAUUAAUUCUAGGGGCUGCUUUUGUUGGGUCAGCGUCGUAUUUCCUACCUAUCGAUUGGCUGACGCCUCUUCUUGCCCCUGUAGUCUAUUCGGGAAACAUCGAGGGACGGUAUCUCUCUCAACAAGCAUCCCCAAGUUUUUCGGCGACCUGUUCUGUUUCGCACGACGGAAUGGAAGUAGUACGCAAGUUGCGGAAGAAAUCAUCCCCCAAUGGUGAUGGUGAGACGGUAAAUGGAGGAAUCGCGGACGCAUAUCGACUUGAUGUGUCGCAUAGCAACCACUGUCGGCUGUCUGAUUUGACCCCACGUUUCGUGAUGAACCGUCGUUUAUGGUUACUGAUCAUAGCAGUAACCGUCCAUAAUAUUCCCGAGGGGUUGGCAGUUGGGAUUGCAUUCGGUGGCAUAGGUCAUCAUGCUCGGUCAACGUUGGCCAAUGCAAGAAACCUUGCUAUCGGCAUAGCUAUUCAGAAUUUUCCAGAGGGUCUGGCGGUUAGCUUACCUUUGAAUGCUGCUGGAUGUGGAUUUGCCAAGAGUUUCUUCUUAGGGCAGCUUUCUGGAUUGGUCGAACCGGUUGCAGGCAUUCUUGGCUGCAUUGCGGUACAGUUUUUCCGCAGGUUGCAACCAUAUGCGCUUGGAUUUGCCGCCGGAGCGAUGCUUUUUGUUGUUUUUGAUGAUGUCAUCCCAGAAGCUCAGCACAGAGGAAAUGGCCGUUGGACUUCCAUUUGGGCCAUCAUUGGCUUCAUCGUGAUGAUGGUUUUGGAUGUUGUGACAGCUGCAGAUUAGUUGCUUUGGUGAACAUCUCGAAUGCUACAAAAGCAUCCUGUGAUCAUUUAUUUUCACACCAUUUUCCCCCAUCUCGUUAUCCAACAUGGCAGGGACCUGAAUUUUUUGUUCGUACGACACUCCGUUGUUACCUGGGUUACGGUUGUUUGCUGUGAUCUUUUUUCAGA